UCAGACAAGACUUUGUUUUAUCAUUCUCCGGUACAGAUCGCACAUCGCACAUGUUCUGUAUCGGAUCGGAUGCGAAUAGUCACCGCAAGAGGAUUUUUUGCAACGUCUCAACAUUUUGUUCUUAUUCAAUUUUUCUUUGUUGCUAAAUCAUUUAGUUUUGUGUAUUAGGUUUUAAAAAAAUAAAUUACUAUACAAUGGCUGUGAACGUACAUUUUACCAGUUGUACGGCCGAGAAUAUGUCCCGUAAGGAAAUGCUUGCUUGGGUGAACGACACACUGCAGUCGGAUUUUAGAAAAGUGGAAGAACUUUGCACCGGUGCUGCCUACUGCCAAAUGAUGGAUAUCCUGUUUCCGGGCUGCGUGCCUUUGAGACGGAUCAAGUACUGCACCAACAUCGAUCACGAUUUCAUCCAUAAUCUGAAGAUUUUCCAGAAUGCACUGGUAGCGAUGAAGGUGGAAAAGUCCGUUCCGAUCGAUCGUCUGGUCAAAGGUCGCUUUCAGGACAAUUUUGAGUUCCUACAGUGGUUCAAGAAGUUUUUCGAUGCUAAUUACGACGGUAAAGAAUACGAUCCGCAGGCGGCUCGGCACUGUGCCCCUAUGGGCUAUGGAACCCCAGGUGCUCUGAAACCUAGCCAAAGGUCGAAUAUCUCUGUCGUAGGAGCCACGAAGGCACGUCAGGUGGAAAACAAAAUAACGCCCAAGUCUGCGUUCGGGAAGGUUACAAAACCCCCCUCAAUCGAUCAUGCCGAUGAGGAUUUAUCAGAAAAGAUCACUAUACUAAAGGAAGAAAGAGAUGCGCUGGCAGAGAAAAUGCAGAACAUUGAAAUUGAGCGAGAUUAUUACUAUCAAAAAUUGACUCAGAUUGAGGUUUUAGUUACAGAAGAGGAAAGUGAUGAAAACCAAGCAUUCUGUGAACGUGCAAAGGAGAUAAUGUAUACUGAAGCUUAGUGACAUCCCCGAUGGUGAUAUUGUAAUAAGUAACGCUCGUAUAUUUUACAUAUUUAUUUCUCAUCUCUUUUAAUAAAAUAUUCUCUAAUA